CCUCCUGCAGGGAACUCCUCAGCAUUAAGCCAUAAACAUGGCUGCUGCUGUCAGGAUGAGGACGUGGAACUGUCCGACCAGAGUAGUUUCAAGUCCAUGGCUUAUUCAAACCUUGCUAGCAGUUUUAUUAAGCAGCAUGAGUGCUGUUAUAGCAGCGCCGGAGACGGGGUGGUGGAGCAUUACCGUUGUAAAUACAUCAAAACCACUGCUGUUAAGGAAAUCGAUGUAUAAAGCCACUGACAUUAAAAUGAAAGUCCUGCCCCCUGGCUGCCCUGAAGAGGUGAAAUUCACCAUUCAGUGGUAUUUAAAAUUCUACCCCUGUCACAACGAAUUCAAUAACAUUGAGGAAAUGUAUGAGAAAACACCUUUGAGUCGAGGGGAGGGCCUGGACCCCAACCCUUUUGGACCAGGAGAGUACAUUGAGCACACAUAUAAGCCCAUAACGUGUCACAGUGGACUACGCUCCUUUCCCAUGCUCAAUAAAGCCAAGGCAGAGCCACAUCCUGUUUUGUCAUCUGAACACAAGGCGCAAGAUGAAAAUCAUACGAGGUGGACAACUGAGGAGUAUGACAGUGGCAGCAGCACCAUAAAGAACAGCAGCAUGAGGCUCAGAGAUGAUGUUAUAGCCACCACGUGGAAGGACGGACCUUACCUGCUUGUUGUUAAGAUCUUAUCUGAUAAACCAGAGUCCAACUGGAACCUAACAGUUAAUGUCAUAAUGAAAGGUAGCCACGGCUUCAUCUCAAUCACAGAAUGGCCUCUCAUGAUUUUCUACAUGGUGAUGUGCAUAGUGUACAUCCUGUAUGCCCUGCUGUGGUUUAUCUGGGCCGCUUGCUACUGGAAGGAUCUGCUGCGGAUCCAGUUCUGGAUAGCAGGGGUCAUCUUCCUGGGCAUGGUGGAGAAGGCCGUCUUCUGCGCUGAAUAUGAAAAUACCAAUGCUGUUGGCUCUGCCUCUCCAGGCUUGUUGAUCUUUGCUGAGCUUGUCUCCGCCCUCAAGAGGACCUUGGCUCGACUGCUUGUCAUCAUCGUCAGCCUGGGUUAUGGUAUUGUAAAGCCUCGACUCGGGACAGUGAUGCACAGAGUGGUGGGGCUUGGCAUCCUCUACUUUGCCUUUGCUAGCAUUGAAGGUGUCCUGAGGAUUACUGGGGGUCGGGACAAUGGCCCAGCUCUCAUUACAGCCAUUGCUCUGGCUGUGUUUGACUCCUUCAGCAUCUGGUACAUAUUUGUCAGCCUGGCACAGACCAUUAAGACCCUGAAGCUGAGGAGAAACCCUGUCAAGUUAUCUCUUUACAGGCAUUUCACAAACACGCUAAUAUUUGCCGUUCUAGCAUCCAUCAUUUUCAUGGGAUGGACUGCAAAAAAAUUCCAUCUUGCAGAUUGUCAGUCUGACUGGGUUGAACUGUGGGUGGAAGAUGCCUUCUGGAGGUUCUUGUUCUCCAUCAUACUACUGGUCAUAAUGUUUUUAUGGAGACCUUCUGCAAACAACCAAAGGUAUGCUUUCACCCCACUGAUCGAUGACUCUGAUGAUGAGGAGAUUGAGGAGUUUCUCGCAAAUUCAAAUUUAGCUGACGGCAUAAAGUUGAGAGCAGCUAAAAAUGAGACAAAUGGCACAGUGAAGCCUGCAGCAACCAACCCUGAUGAAGACUUGAAGUGGGUGGAGGAUAACAUUCCUAGCUCUCUGACCGACGUAGCUCUACCAGUCCUGCUUGACUCAGAUGAGGAAAUCAUGACUACCAAGUACGAGAUGUCAAAGAUGGAGUGACACAGAAACAUUUCCAGCCAUCGGUGGGCAUCAAAGGAGCUUCCAGCUGCUGUCCAUGACUCUGCUGCAUUCAACAGGGUUUUCUCCAGGGAUUUCCGGCAAGGUGGUGCUGGCGUGCCAUUCAGUGUUUUCAGGGGAUCUUCCCGGUUUGCUGCAAAUUCAGAUGGAGACGCAGGCCGGUGUUCAAACAUUUUGGGAGACCCUCGCUCAUCUCUGCAGCCAUCCAAGAAUGCUGGACUCUGCCCAGCUUCUUGGAUCUGGCAAUUACCAUCUGCUUGCCUCUUAUUUUCCACAAGAGGAAAACGGUAUCUGUCCUGUCACCAACCAGUUUACCUUCUUCCUGAUGUAAUCAGUUUUGAGCCUUCCUUUCCAAAGAGAAUGUUACAUUUUGUAGUCAGUGCUGUAUUUAUUUGGUUUUUUUUGUUAUUUUCAUGUGAAAUUAUUUUAUCUAAGGAUUUGAGAACAGUGGCCCUCAUGGACGAACACUUGGUUAAAGGUUUCUUUUUGUCAUCUGUUAAUUUUACAGUCCACUAUUUCAUGGGCUGUUGCUGACAUGCUUAUAAGCAGCAUCACUGAUUAGUGUUAACUGCUAGCAUUAGGUGAUAAUGAAUGAAAAAUUAAGAAGGAUAAGUUGGACAUAGAGAAUUUCUUUUCUUUUCUUUUCUUUUUUUUUUAGACAAACUACCAUUGUUCAUUGCUUAUCUAAACCAGUGUUGUGUAUUGUGCGGACAGAGGAAACACAAAUAACUCGACACCAUCAAUAUCAGUGAUUGAUUUUGUUCAGACGGUAUCUUUUUCAGCAUGUGAUAAUAAUUAAAAACAGUACAAACAUGCAACCAGGAAAGCAACUGCAUAAAGCAAUGGGUGUUCAUGUGAGCGGUCUCAAGCACAAGUUUUCGAGUUUUGUUAUCAGCACACCAAUCUGAAACCAUAGACUAUUGAAAAAUUGCUUUUAUGCACUUUUUGAAAUCAAAGCUGUGCCUACAUGUGUUUUUUGUGUGAGGCCUAAUCUAUCAUGGUGUUUGGGUACAUGUAUCAAUGUAUUGUUUUGCCUCUCCAGAGGUGAAAUAGCAUAAAGUCUCAGUGAAGCUGCAUCGUCAUUAUUAGUGUUUGAGAGAGAGAGAGAGAGAGAGAGAGUGAGAGGGGGAGACUGCAGGGAUGCAAGAGUCAUGCAGUUUGAAUUAAAAUGUAACUUAAUGUUGUAAAAAUGGGGGUUUGCUGUUUGUUGAGGCAGUCGUGCUUGUGUCGUGAACUUGGUGUGUGUGUGGGUUGGAGGUCUGGAACAGAAGAGCAAUAUACAGUACAUGUUGACACAGAGGGUUGCCCUCCUACCCUCUUCUGUUUUAUAUUGUCAUUAUUUAUUUGUGUUUAAAGUGUACUUAAAAGUUGUAACAGUGUUUGUUCAAUCAUGUUUACACUCCGUUUGUGUGCUUCCUUUAUUCCCUGACUUGGACCUUGAACAGACUCACAGCAUAUUAAGUAAACACAACAAAUAGCGUCUGGUUUCUUUUUUCACACCGGGAUUACUUGCGUUGGUGUCAGAAACACUCUUAUAGCAUCAGUUCACAUUAGUCUUAAUACAUUUAUGUUUCAAAAAAUGUUCUUUGAAGAUAGCUGGCCUGGUACUACUGCCCAUCAGUAUGGAGUUUGGACACUGUUGUCUUGAGUUCAUGUGGUGGCAGGGCUUUUAAGUUUUGUCUGCUGUACCCAUCCCACCCAACAAAGCAUGGAAAAGAAGCAAAGUUAUGAGUGAAAGCACAAGUUCAUCACCAGAAUGGGUUUAAAAUCGAACUUUAGGUUUUGUGUAAAUCUAGCGACUAUGUGUCAGAGAAACCCGGAACAAUUUGUGCUUAUGAUGGCAAGUCAUUUUUUCUGUUGCGUAAAACUAUAUCCACCUGCCCUGGACCUUGAUUAUUUGUACAGAUGGGCUUCAGCUGACUCCUGUUAUUUCAUAAUUCCACAGGUGGAGAGGUGGCUGGAUAAUAUGACUUGCCAUUUUUCAGGAGUUCAACUUCAGAACUGGGCUUGAACUUUUCAUACCAGCAAUUUUCCUGUCUCCCUUCCUUCUGAUGAAGUGUGUAUACCCAGAUUAAAUAUUAAUUUGACACAGA